AAGAAUCCACAUGUCCGAUGCGGUGUUAUUUUAUAAGUUUGACGUCCGCAUUUCAGAAAGUCUAACUUAGCAUAGUCUUCUCAUAGUUCAGAUAGAUCCUAUCUUAUGAGAGUUUUCCAUCGGCAAUGAAACUAGCUAUUCCUCUAAUAUUCGUCGCUCUUGGUGCCAAGGCAAAAUGCGAAACCUUUGACUACGUGAUCGCAGGCGCCGGUACGUGCGGACUUGUGCUAGCAAAUCGAUUAUCAGAAGACCCGAAUAUCCAAGUCGCAAUUGUCGAACCGGGUGAUGACGUUCGCAACAAUCCUAAUGUCACAGAUGUUGGCGCGUUCCUCCGCGCCUUGAAUACUGAGAUCGAUUGGCAAUAUGCUACGACGCCACAGCCGGGAGCUGAUAAUAAAUCAAUCCCUUUCCAUGCUGGCAAGGCCAUUGGAGGGACUAGUACAAUCAAUGGUAUGACUUACAUCCGAGGCGACAAAGCCGAGUUUGACGCAUGGAAAUCUCUCGGGAACGACGGCUGGGAUUGGGACACGUUAUAUCCUUAUUUCAAACAGGUCGAACAGUUCUCUCCCCCCACUACAGUCCAGCAGGCCGCUGGCGCCACUUUCAAUGCAGAAUAUCAUGGUAAGGAUGGAUUGGUGAAAACGGGAUUUCCAUUCAGACUUCUUAACGGAUCCUUCCACGAGCUCGCUCAACAAGCUUGGGAAAGUUUGGGUUACCCCCUAAACUUAGACGUCAAUGGUGGUGAAACACGCGGGUUUGAUGUUUGGCCACAGACAUUAGACAGGGACGCAAACAUUCGAGAAGACGCCGCUCGAGCGUUCUACUAUCCUAUUGAGCAGAGACCUAACCUCAAGAUCAUUAAAGGGACAGUGACGAAAGUAACUUGGGCAAAUUCAUUAACAGAUGGCAACGCGCUCUUAGCAGAUGGCGUUGAAUACCUGGACCCUACCGGUCAAACGGUCGUUAUAAACGCAGCGAAAGAUGUCGUACUGUCCGCCGGGUCUUUAAGGAGUCCUCUAAUCCUUGAACGCUCCGGUGUUGGAAAUCCGAAUAUCCUUAAAGAGCACGGCAUAGAAACAAAGAUCAACCUCCCCGGAGUGGGUGAGAAUUUGCAGGACCAGCCCAACGUGGCCCUCGAGUACACCUCAAAUAUCAACCUAACAGGAACUAUACCAUACGCAACGUUUGCCACAGCUCAAGACCUAUUCGGCAAGCAGACUUCCGUAGUAGCAGAGGCGACAUCUACCAAGCUAUCCGAAUGGGCCCAAAAGGUCUCGGAUAUUAAUAACAGAGCCAUCGAUGCUCACCAAUUAGAAGAAAUAUUCCGCAUACAACACAAUCUGAUCUUCAAGGACUAUGUUACAAUUGCUGAAACCCUAACCUCGGCUUCCGGAAAUAUCCUCAUAUCAGCAUUUUGGCCUUUGUUGCCUUUCUCUCGAGGUAAUGUCCACCUCAGAUCAACCGAGGCCAGCGAUCCCGCAAUCGACCCGGAGUACUUCUUAAUCGAUUUCGAUCUCACGGUCCAAACCGAGCUUGGGCGGCUCUCGCAAAAUCUCUGGUAUACAGACCCGAUUGGCGAUGUUGUAACUGGUAAUUUAGUCCCUGGAGACGAAGCACUGCCUCGUAAUGCUACUGAUGCUCAAUGGGCGACUUUCAUUGCAAGCACUGUAACCCCUAAUCACCAUCCUGUCGGGUCAGCCUCGAUGAUGUCCCGCGAGCUUGGAGGGGUCGUUGACCCCAAGUUCAAGGUAUACGGGACAUCUAAUGUUCGUGUUGUCGACGCGUCCGUGCUGCCAAUGCAGAUUAGCGGCCAUUUAACUGCUACGCUUUACGCCAUAUCCGAGAGGGCAGCUGAAUUUAUUAAAAGUCCAUAGUAUGAACUAUUUGCUUACGCCUGACUUAUCCCUCCUCAUCCUCAAGUGAGACAUAUCAACUACAUUUCCAAUAACCUCCCCCCCCCCAAGGACAUCUGUAUCUGGAUACUAGAAAACCAUACAGCCAGCCCUGGGUGAUUUAUGGCCCCUAAUUGAAAUAGAAAUAUGGCGUUCUAAAUGCCCUCUAUGUAAUUUCUCCAGGCAUAAACCUAGCGGUAGACGACAGUCACCCGAAGCUCAAGGCGCCCCCUCCAGAAGCCACGAGAUACUCUUCUUAACUACCUGGGUAUCUCAGUGCUAUUAGGUAGUCUCGGAUCAUAGAACAUGUAGAAUUGGCAGAACUAAAU